GUUUGUUGUCGUACAACAGUUUCAUUGACAUCAUGUCGAAGGUCAUGAUGCAGACGACACAGUGGGGAAAAAUGAAAAGUUCUUUGGAAAGUUACGUUGGUUUUGACACGAUUCAGGAACAGAUCAGAAAGAAAUCAUUGAAACGAGGAUUUGAAUUGAAUAUUAUGGUUGUAGGUAGGUACAAAUAUACUGUUACAUACGUUUAUAUUAUAUUAACCUAUUAAUUGGAGCAUUUGUGGCGUAGUUUGCAGAGCAAACUUGUGUCUUUCUCUAAGUUUGUAGGUUUGAUUCUUGCUACGGACCCAUGUGUCAUGUGAAAAUAUUUGUGUUUUAGGGGCGUCUGGCUUGGGCAAAUCAACACUGGUGAACACUCUGUUCAAAGCAAAGCUCAGCCGCGCUUCAUGUAUAUCCCAACCAUUUGUUAUCCCGAAAACUGUAGAAAUCAAGACAGUUAGCCAUGGUAAGUAUGAUGCAUGCCAUUCUGAAACAGAAUAUUCAAUCUACUCUGAUAUGACAACCAGGUCUAUCCUUUCUCGGGCGGCUUGGUGAGAAUGUACCCCACUCCCCUGGGAAGCUGUACCCCUUGUCACAUGAGCCUAGCCUUGCCAAUCUGAAUUUAACCCAUUGAGUGACAGCACUCCCCCCUGACAAGUAAAAUCGUCUGGCGUUAGACAGAGUAAAAUAAUAAAGUAGGGUGCAUCUGGGCGCAUUGCCACUUAGGGAGGUUAACCCAUUGAGCAUUGAGCUGCAAUGCACCCCAGUGCGCCCUACUUUUUUUACUUGCCUAACGGCAGACGAUUUUACUCGUCAAUGGCGAAGCUCUACAGCUUAAUGGGUCAGCCAAAAAAUCUGACAAUGUCUCUAGUUAACCCAUUGAACCGCAAUGCGCCCCAGUGUGUCCUACUUAUUUUUUCUACUUGUCUAAUGCCAGACGAUUUUACUCCUCAAUGGGGAAGUGCUGCAGCUUAAUGGGUUAAUCUAAUUCUUACACACAUUUUUUUUCAGUUAUUGAAGAGAAAGGAGUCCGUUUACGGUUGACUAUCACUGACACACCUGGUUUUGGUGACCAAGUUAAUAAUACCAACUGGUGAGUAGACCAUUUCUAUUUUCUGCAUUUUUAUGUAAGCUGCUACUGGGUCAGUGUAUUAAGUUAAGUAUCACACAUCAAUAAAAAUUUUAACCGGGCUUCAUAAUUUUGUUCACAUUUCAGUUGGGAGCCAGUAAUUGAAUACAUCCAUGAUCAAUUCGACCAUUAUUACCGAGAAGAAUCAAGUACUUAUAGAAAAGCAAGAAUUCCCGACACCAGAGUUCAUUGUUGUCUCUACUUUAUCGAACCCACUGGACAUAGG